GUUGGCAGCACAAUACCAAUGUUUUUGUUUUGCAUCCGUAGUUAAAGUAAAUUUUAUUCCACAAACUCGCAAAACCUUGAUUUUUCAGGGCUAAUGUGAUUCCUUUUAGCUUUAGCAAGAUGACCAUCUUUAAUCUGUACAUAUUCGACAAGUUCGGAACGCUGCUCCACUACGCAGAAUGGAAUCGCACGAAAAAGUCGGGAAUUACCCGUGAGGAGGAAGCCAAACUUACCUACGGAAUGCUCUUUUCCAUAAAGUCCUUUGUGAGCAAGAUUUCCCCACAUGAUCCGAAAGAAGGAUUUCUUUACUAUAAGACCAAUCGCUACGCCCUCCAUUAUCUGGAAACUCCUUCAGGAUUAAAGUUCGUUCUCAACACAGAUACGACGGCUAUAAACGUUAAAGAGCUUCUACAGCAGCUUUACGCCAAGGUGUGGGUGGAGUUCGUGGUGCGGGACCCACUGUGGACACCUGGUACAGUGGUCACCUCAGAACUGUUUCAAUUAAAACUAGACGAGUUCGUCAAACAGUCCCCUAUCUUUGGUAUCCGCAAUAUCUAAGAAAAUAAAUAGCUAUAAGCUCAUAUUCUCAUUACCAAA